GUAUGUACUAUGUCGUUGUUUGUCAUUAUUCGCACAGUAACAACCGCCAAAAAAAUUAAAUACAAUACUACUAUCGGCUAACCGAUUCCUAUCAUUUCCCAAUUCUCCCUCCUUCUUCCUCAUCAUCAUCAUAUUAAUAACCCUAACCGCUUAUGAUGUCACUCCCUUUCUUAGUUUCCAUUUUGCACCUCUAUAAAUGUCACACUCCCAACCAACUUCUCCUCACAUCCUCAAAUUACAGUCACCGCUGUAACAACAAACCACAUCAAUCUAUACCAAUGAAGGGAGUGUUCUUGGCCGUCCUGGUCGUGUUCUGUCUUACAACGGCGCCAGCUGACGCUGUGUCGUGUGGCGACGUCCAGGCUCAACUCGCACCCUGCCUCUCAUACAUCACAGCCGGCGGCAACCCCACCGCCACAUGCUGCAAUGGGGUGAAGACCCUUUCCGGCGGCCUUCGGUCCCCGCAGGACAGACAGGAGGCCUGCCGUUGCAUGAAGGCUGCUGCGGCCACCUUCAACGUGCAGCCCGAUGUAGCCUCCAGCCUCGCCUCAAAGUGUGGAGUUUCUGUCGGGGUUUCCAUCAGUCCCAAUAUUGACUGCAGCCAGAUUUCUUAAAUGGGACAGCAAUUGAAGAAAAUAAAUAGACAGAGGGAAAGCUUCAAUAUGGACUUCUUCCUCCUAUAUAUAUAUGAAAAGAUGAAGAACUGUGGCUAGGGGCUUUCCCUCGAGCUGUUAAUAUAUAUUUAUUCUGUCAUGUCCAUCUCAUUGAAAUAAAAUCACAUUUUUUUCUAA